AGCCAUGAUACACAUCAAAGACAAGGGUCACUUCCGGAAGAUCCUACAAUCGUUAGGGAAUAACAAAGUCUUGAUAGUAAAGUACUCUACAGACUGGUGUGGACCAUGUCGGAUCAUCGCUAAAUCUUAUACCAAACUUGAGAAGGAGCAACAGAAAAAGUUUGUCAACGUGAUUUUCGCAGAGUGUGAUGUAGACAUUGCUCCUGGCGUGGCAGAAGACGAAGGAAUCACGUGUUUGCCAACGAUUGCGGGGUACAUGAAAGGAGAAAAGAUCGAGAGUUUUAUGGGAUCGAACAAAGAAAAGCUAACGGAAUUUUGUGUUAAAAUGGCCAAAUUAGCCACAGUGCCCUCAGGCAAGGUAUCUCGAGCUGAACAGCAAGAAAGUGGGCCCGCCGCUGGUGUUACUUCAGAUCCAGAGUUCACAGAUAUCGGAAGACAACCGUAGGAUUGCGAACAGAACCUAGUAAAACAUGGUUUUUUACUCAACUGGUUUGGUCGACUUUUGAAUCAGAGGCUCUGUGAAGGACAGAGUUGUGUUCAGAGGAACAUCAAUUUAUUUGUCAUGUAUUUCCUAUGUGCUGGCUCCGUGUUAGUUACUCGUGUGCACCGGUCGAAUGAUCGGUAGAACAGUCAGUCGAAUAAAUGAACUUGAAUAGUACUGCACACUUAGCACUAAUAAUUUACUUUAUCCUAUUGAAUUCGAAUGAUCAAGUUUCAGAAAUUACUUACAAUGGUUAUUUCGACCGAUGCAAUGUGGACACACUAGUUCU